AUGAUCUCAGAAAGGGAUUCGGAGACCACCUUCGAGGAGGAUUCCCAGCCCAACGAUGAAGUGGUGCCGUACAGUGAUGAUGAAACAGAGGAUGAGUUGGACAGUCAGCAGCCCGGGGCUGAACUGGGACCCAACCAAACCAGCAGGGACACCGAGGAGAGCCGAGAUCCUGGGAAAAAAGACUGCAGCUGGCAAGUUAAAGCAAAUGAUCAGCGCUUCUAUGACCAGCCAAGCUUCAAGAGAACAAUCUUCUUGUGCUUCAAGAAGAGCAAAUAUGCGGGAAAUGCAAUUAAGACAUACAAGUACAACCCCAUCACUUUUUUGCCUCUGAAUCUGUUUGAACAGUUCAAGAGAGCAGCCAAUUUCUAUUUCCUUGUUCUUCUCAUAUUGCAGUCGAUUCCUCAAAUAACUACCCUGUCAUGGUACACAACACUGGUGCCUUUGCUCUUGGUGCUGGGAAUAACUGCAGUCAAAGACCUGGUGGAUGAUAUUGCUCGUUACAGGAUGGACAACGAGGUCAAUAACAGGACAUGUGAUGUCAUCAAGGAUGGAAGGUUCAAAGCCACUAAAUGGAAAGAUAUUAAAGUUGGUGAUAUCAUUCGUCUGAAGAAAAACACUUUCGUUCCUGCUGAUAUUUUGCUGCUGUCCAGCUCAGAACCAAACAGUCUGUGCUAUGUGGAAACAGCUGAACUGGAUGGUGAAACUAAUUUAAAAUUCAAAAUGGCCCUAGAGGUGACACACAGACACCUGCAGGAAGAAAGUGCCCUGGCAGACUUUGAUGGUCUGGUUGAAUGUGAAGAACCCAAUAAUCGACUGGAUAAGUUUACAGGAACAUUAUCCUGGAAAAACUCAAUUUAUUCCCUGGAUGCUGAUAAGAUUUUGUUGCGUGGCUGUAAGAUGAGGAAUACAGACUUCUGCCAUGGAAUGGUCAUAUUUGCAGGUGCUGACACAAAAAUAAUGAAAAAUAGUGGAAAGACAAGAUUUAAAAGGACAAAAAUUGACUCCCUUAUGAACUACAUGGUUUAUACGAUCAUCGUGGUCCUUAUCCUGCUGUCGGCUGGGCUGGCCAUCGGACACACCUACUGGGAGCAGCAGAUUGGCAACUCCUCCUGGUACCUCUACGAUGCUCAGGACUUGAGCCCUGCCUACCGCGGCUUCCUCAACUUCUGGGGAUACAUCAUUGUCCUCAACACCAUGGUGCCCAUUUCCCUCUAUGUGAGUGUGGAAGCGAUUCGCUUUGGCCAAAGCUAUUUCAUCAACUGGGACCUGCAGAUGUACUACUCUGAGAAGGACACGGCUGCCAAGGCCAGGACCACCACGCUGAACGAGCAGCUGGGGCAAAUCCAGUACAUCUUCUCUGACAAGACUGGAACCCUUACACAGAACAUCAUGACCUUUAAAAAGUGUUGCAUAAAUGGGCAAAGAUAUGGAGACUGCCGGGAUGCAGCGGGGCAGCUGCAGAGCCACCCAGAGCAAGUUGAUUUCAGCUGGAAUGUGUACGCAGACGGAAAGUUCUUAUUCUAUGAUCACUAUCUGAUAGAGCAAAUAAAAUCUGGAAAGGAGCCGGAAAUCCAGAAGUUCUUCUUUCUGCUUGCUAUUUGUCACACAGUUAUGGCUGACACUUCUGAUGGUCAGCUCAAUUACCAGGCAGCUUCCCCGGACGAGGGGGCUCUGGUGAUGGCCGCGCGGAACUUCGGGUACGUUUUCCUCUCCCGAACACAGAACACCAUUACCAUAAGUGAGAUGGGGGUGGAGAAGACCUACGAUGUCCUGGCCAUCCUGGACUUCAAUAGCGACAGGAAGCGGAUGUCUGUCAUCGUAAGAGAGUCCAGUGGCAAUAUCAGGCUGUAUUGCAAAGGGGCUGAUACAGUGAUUUACCAGCGGCUACACCCCAGGAAUCUAAAGAGAGAAGCCACAGAAGAGGCACUCGAUGUCUUUGCAAAUGAAACUCUCAGGACACUCUGUCUGUGCUAUAGAGACAUAAGCCAGGAUGAAUUUGAAGUGUGGAAUAAAAAGUUUCUGGAGGCCAGUUUGGCCACAAGUCACCGGGAUGAAGCUCUGGACAAAGUGUAUGAGGAAAUAGAAAAAAACUUGAUUCUGCUUGGUGCAACAGCUAUUGAAGACAAACUACAGGAUGGAGUUCCAGAAACUAUCUCCAGACUCUCCAAAGCAGACAUUAAAAUCUGGGUGCUUACUGGUGACAAAAAAGAAACUGCUGAAAAUAUUGGAUAUUCUUGUGAACUCUUAACAGAGGAAACAACCAUCUGCUAUGGAGAAGAUACCAGUGCUCUACUUCAAACCAGGCUGGAAAACCAGAGGAACAGGGCUGGAUCCAGUCAACAUUCCUCUCUCAGAAUGAACGAGCCCUUCUUCCAGGACAGCAGAGAUCGGGCUCUAAUCAUCACUGGCUCCUGGCUGAAUGAAAUCCUGCUGGAGAAGAAAAAGAAGAAAAAGAAACUUAAACUGAAAUUCCCCAGAACAGCAGAAGAGAAGAAAAAACAAACUGAGAAAAGGAGAAGGGCAGAGGCCUACAAGGAGCAGCAGCAGAAGAACUUUGUUGAUCUGGCCUGCGAGUGCAGGGCUGUGAUCUGCUGCCGCGUGACACCCAAGCAGAAGGCCAUGGUGGUGGAGCUGGUGAAGAAGUACAAGAAGGCCAUCACCCUGGCCAUCGGGGACGGGGCCAAUGACGUGAACAUGAUCAAAACUGCCCACAUUGGAGUUGGGAUCAGUGGCCAGGAGGGGAUGCAGGCUGUCAUGUCGAGUGACUACUCCUUCGGACAGUUCCGCUACCUCCAGCGGCUGCUGCUGGUGCACGGGCGCUGGUCAUACAUCAGGAUGUGCAAGUUUCUGAGAUACUUCUUCUACAAAAACUUCGCUUUCACACUGGUCCACAUCUGGUACUCGUUCUUCAAUGGCUUCUCUGCCCAGACAGCCUACGAGGACUGGUUCAUCACGCUGUACAAUGUGCUGUAUUCCAGUCUCCCAGUCAUGCUUGUUGGAUUGUUUGACCAGGAUGUGAGCGACAAACUGAGCCUUCGGUUCCCCAGACUUUAUAUUUUGGGUCAGAGAGAUUUACUUUUCAACUACAAGAAGUUCUUUUUAAGUUUGCUCCAUGGAGCUGUAACUUCACUGAUCAUCUUCUUCAUCCCAUACGGAGCCUGCCUUAAAUCUAUGGGACAAGAUGGGGAAGCCCCUGCAGAUUAUCAGUCCUUUGCUGUCACAGCAGCAUCCUCUCUGAUAUUUGUUGUCAAUUUUCAGAUUGGCCUGGAUACAUCUUACUGGACUUUUGUUAAUGCUUUUUCAGUAUUUGGGAGUAUUGCAAUUUACUUCGGGAUCACAUUUGACUUUCACAGUGCUGGAAUCCAUGUUCUCUUCCCUUCUCGCUUUCAGUUCACAGGAACUGCUCCGAAUGCUCUGCGACAGCCAUACCUUUGGCUUACCAUGAUUUUAUCCAUUGCUAUUUGCUUACUGCCUGUAGUGGCACAACGCUUCUUAUUCAUGACAAUCUGGCCUUCAGAGAGCGAUAAAAUCCAGAGGAACCGUCCGAAGUACCUGCAGGAGGAGCAGCAGUGGAAGCGGAGGCAGAGCGCGUUCCGCCGCGGUGUCUCCGCCCGCCGCUCCGCCUACGCCUUCUCGCACCAGCGCGGCUACGCCGACCUCAUCUCCUCGGGCCGCAGCAUCCGCAAGCGCCGCGCCCCGCUGGACGCCGUGCUGGCCGGCGGCACGGGCUUCGGGCACACGGGGGAGACCAGCUGA